AGGGCCAAACGCUCUGCGUCAAAGCGUCCACACGCUGUUCGUCGUUCUUGACAGCAAAAUGGCGACGGUUGAGUACGACGGGAUUGCGGAUCCGGAGAUGGACUCGCUCAGCGAUGAGGAACUAGAAAGGGAAGCAGAGGGCUACAAAGAGCAGGGAAAUGCAUAUUACGUUAAGAAGGACUACUCUGAAGCAUUCAACUACUACACCAAGGCUAUUGACAUGUGCCCGAAGAACGCCAGUUACUAUGGUAACCGUGCAGCUACACUGAUGAUGCUGAGUCGCUACAGGGAGGCCCUGGAGGACUCCCAACAAGCCGUGCGGCUAGACGACACCUUCACGAAGGGUCACUUACGGGAGGGCAAAUGCCACCUGUUGCUCGGCAAUGCCAUGGCUGCCAGCCGCUGUUUCCAGAAGGUUCUUGAGUUGGAGCCAGACAACAGCCAGGCUCAGCAAGAACUAAAGAACGCAGAGUCCAUUCUGGAGUACGAGCGCAUGGCUGAGAUCGGCUUUGACAAACGUGACUUCAGAAUGGUGGUGUUCUGUAUGGAUCGAGCGCUGGAGUCGGCCUCUGCGUGUCAUAGAUUUAAGGUGCUGAAGGCAGAAUGCCUGGCGCUGCUUGGACGCUACCCAGAAGCCCAGUCUGUUGCCAGCGAUAUCUUACGGAUAGACUGUACUAACGGUGACGCCUUAUAUGUGAGGGGUUUGUGUUUAUAUUAUGAAGACUGUAUCGAUAAGGCGGUACAGUUCUUUAUUCAGGCACUACGCAUGGCACCGGACCAUGAGAAGGCUCGGCUGGCUUGCAGAAAUGCCAAAGCUCUGAAGGCUAAGAAGGAAGAAGGGAACCAGGCGUUUAAAGAGGGCAAUUAUGAGGAGGCUUGUGAGCUAUAUUCUGAGGCUUUGACCAUCGAUCCCAACAACAUCAAAACCAACGCUAAGCUUUACUGCAACCGGGCCACCGUCGGCUCCAAGUUAAAGAAGCUGGAGCAGGCCAUAGAAGACUGCACAAAAGCCAUUAAACUGGAUGAAUCCUAUAUUAAAGCAUACUUACGAAGAGCCCAGUGUUAUAUGGACACAGAACAGUAUGAAGAAGCUGUGAGGGACUAUGAGAAAGUCUAUCAGACAGAGAAAACUAAAGAACAUAAGACUUUAUUGAAGAACGCUCAGCUGGAGCUAAAGAAGAGUAAACGAAAAGAUUACUAUAAAGUUCUUGGAGUGGACAAAAAUGCUACAGAAGAUGAGAUCAAGAAGGCUUACCGCAAACGAGCACUUAUGCACCAUCCAGAUCGGCACAGUGGUGCCAGUGCCGAGAUACAGAAGGAGGAGGAAAAGAAGUUUAAAGAAGUGGGUGAGGCCUUCACCGUGCUCUCAGACCCCAAAAAGAAAUCUCGUUACGACAGCGGCCAUGAUCUGGAGGACGACGACAUGAACAUGGAUUUUGAUGCCAAUAACAUUUUCAAAGCGUUCUUCGGGGGCCCCAGUGGCUUCAGUUUCGAAGCAUCUGGACCUGGAAAUUUCUUUUUCCAGUUUGGCUAACUGUCCAUCGUCCCGCAUGUUUGCAGCAGACCCACACGGCCUCAAGAACCGACCCCCAACACAGACUUUCACCCGCCCCCUCAUACACAUUACAUACACACACGCUCCCCUAUACAACUGCAUGUUGUACUGCAGUGUGACGGGUCUAAGACCAGCAUAUGGUCAUUCUGUAAACAGCAAUUUUAAAAACAGAGUCCAGCAAUCCUCUCUGACUACACCUUACAAUUGUAAAUUUGUUUUUCCUCACAGCAACAUCGUGAACAGCUGCACCCAUGUUUCCGUAUUGAUUUUCUUUGAAUUAAAAACGGCCCCAGUUAAUUAACCACUGUAGAAAAAUAGCUUUCCCCAGUCUUUUUUUUUUGUUGUCGUGGAACAAAGAUUGGGUUAUCAGAAUGUUGAAGGUGCUACAGCAUAUGGUUUUGCAGCAUUCAUUUCAUCAAUGCAGGGUUCGUACAUUUCUUCUGUUCUUGCGCCACAUUAUGUCAAAGUGCCAGUUUUUACCACAGUUUCUGCUUUGGGCUUUGUGAUGCCGGUAAGAAGAAAUGUAUAACAAGUACCUCGCCUCCAAAUGUGCAAAAACGCUCCCAAAGUAAAUGUUUGGCUUGUUUUUAUCUUCUCAAUGCUGAUACCAUUAUAAAUACUAUUAUUAAAAAUAGUUUUAUAAAACA